ACCAGGGAGAAGGGGAAAGACAGCAGUUCAUCCUUAAGAUGGAUGUGAGAAUAUCAGCCAUUCUGCUGGCCUGCAUCAUACAAUGUGCUGUGAGCUCACCUAUACAGGUUUUCUAUUCAGAGACUGAUAGACUUGAAGAAAAUUAUGCAGUGGCCAAAGAGGACAUUCUCAAAGCAAUAGGACAAGAAGAUCCAGGAAAAACAGAGACCCAGGACUCCAUGGACAUAUACAGCAGUAUAUUAGAGGCAAACAAAGACAUUAGGCUGCCUACUAGAGAAGGAGACAUCAUUCAAAAUCCAGGCCGUAACGCCAUAAACUGCCCAAGCUGCCUUUGGCCUAAGUCUGAUGAUGGGACUGUCCCUGUGCCUUACAACUUCUCCUACAGCUACAACGCGGAUCAGUUAGCUCUCUUUAAGACGGCUAUGCAGGAGUUUGAAACCUUAACCUGUGUGAGAUUUGUACCAUGGACAACAGAAGAUGAUUUUCUCAACAUCAUGUCUAAUGGCGGUUGUGCUUCUUUGAUUGGGAAAAGUGGAGGAUCUCAGAUAGUUUGGUUGGAUGCAAGUGGCUGCAUGUCCAAGGGGAUCAUCCAGCAUGAACUGAACCAUGCCCUGGGCUUCUACCAUGAGCAGAACAGAAGUGACCGGGAUGACUAUGUCAUUAUCCAUCCUGAGAAUAUCAUACCAGAUUAUCUCAGUAACUUCGACAAAUAUGAUACUAAUAACCUUGGGACUGAAUAUGACUACAAUUCAGUGAUGCAUUAUGCACGUGAUGCAUUUAGUAGCAACGGAAACAUCACAAUUGAGCCCAAGCCUGACCCAAAUGUUCCCAUUGGACAAAGGAAUGGACUUAGUACUUUGGACAUUUCUAAGAUUAACAAGCUAUAUGAGUGUGGUGUAUGCAGUAAUUUGCUUGCUGGCACCAGUGGGACGAUAAUCUCAGCCAACUACCCCUCUGCAUAUCCAAAUAAUUCUAGCUGUGUUUGGUUGCUUAGAACGCCAUCUGGACAGGUGACCCUGCAAUUCCAAGCCUUUGAUAUCCAGUCAUCUACAGGUUGUGUCUCUGACUACAUUAAGAUCUAUGAUGGUCCCACUAAGACGUCCCCUGUGUUAAUGGACAGGGCAUGUGGUACAGGACUGAUCCCUAUACAGAUUGCCUCCACUAACCAGAUGCUGGUUGAGUUUGUCAGUGAUGGAGCAGUCACUGGGACCGGCUUCAAAGCAACAUACAGCUCAGUUCAAUGUGGUGGAGCUUUCUAUGCCUCAACCAAGACUUUCACAUCUCCUGGUUACCCUGGAUCCUACCCGCCUAACAUAGACUGUACCUGGACAAUCACAGCUCCAGUUGGAAACAGGGUAUCACUGCGCAUAAAUUACUUUCAACUUGAGACUGUAACUUCCUGUACAUAUGACUAUGUCAACAUUUACAAUUCAACCCUUAAUGCUGUCAUGGGCCCAUACUGUGGCCCCAUGGGUUUUCAAUCUCCCUUUGUUUCCAAAUCAAAUUCCAUGAUGAUCAAAAUGCACACCGACGACUCAAAUAACUAUAGAGGGUUUAGUGCUACGUAUACUUUUGUGAAGUGAAGAAAGAAAAUGAUAACAAAGGAAUUCCGUGUUUCAGAACAAAGGAAAGCGAUGGGCCUCUGCAGCAUCUUGUGCACAUUAUACUAAAAAUACUGAAAUAUAAGGAUUCUAAAUACAAUUAUUUAUUGAAAACAUUGGAAAUUAUAUAAUUAUGUUUGAGAAUGUAAGAAUCAGGAAAAAUAAAAUGUGAUUUCUGGAAAUUUCUGAGUAUGGGCAUUUGUAUUCUGAUAUACAGUUAAUAAAGGGCAUUGAAUUA